AUGUCCUCUAGCAACGCCGCCACGCCUGACCCCAACGCUCCUCCGACUUACGUCGCUGACGCCGUUACGGACCCUGCUGCUGCCAUCAAUGAGCUUCGCUCCAUCCUAUCUACCCUACACACCCACACUCGUGAUGCCUUUGUCGACCGCGAUAACCGUCACAACACCCUCCAAGCCCUUCACAGCAACCUCCAAGCCGUCGUCGAUGCCAUUCCCCCACCUGCUGUUCCGGCUCCCCUUCCUUCUUUGGGACGUCCACCCAAAGGUGCCAAGCUUGGUCAAUUUUUGGGCAAGGUCCAGGACGUCGAGCGAUUCCUCCAAGACCUCAAGGACGACAUCGAGCUUCAAGGUUCCUCGUUUGCUACAGACCGCCAAAAGGUCCUGUAUAUGAUCACUUUCCUUCGCGACACUCAAACGGCUCAUGACUGGGUUGCUGGUACUCGAGUUUCUCACCCCAACUACUUCAACGAUUUCAAAACUUUCACCGAUGCCUUUGAAGCCCACUUCGGCUCUCCUAACAAGGUCGAUGAGGCUCUUUGCAAGCUUAACGCUCUCAAGCAAUCUGGCUCCGCCUCUUCGUAUGCCGCCCGCUUCCGCGAGAUCAGCGCCGCUCUCCCUCAAGAGGAGUUCUUUUUGUCAAAUAUGUUCUUUAACGGACUCAAACAGGAGGUCCAACGUUGGAUUCUCCAGCUCCCUGACGGCAAAAACGGCUCCCUCGACGACUUAGUCACUCGUGCUAUUGACAGCGAUAACCGUCUACACAAAUGGUCUCGCAACACUCGUUCCACCUCAGCCUCCGGCACCUCUCCUAAGCCACCUACCACUUCCACUACUCCUUCGACCUUUCAGACGACCGCCGGCCCUGCCCCCAUGGAGCUUGGCGCUACUUGCAUCAUGAAACCCCUCAAUCCAACCGAGAAGGAACGUUCUCCUCAAAGAGAAGAACAAUUGCAAGGGCAAGGGCUUGGGAAAAGCUACCCCGCAAGCCUAAGCGCCAUAGGCCCCGCGGGUACGUCUCUCUCGGUCACGACUCCUACAUCUCCCGCGCCAAUUGCCAGGACAAGGUCCGAUUCCUGUCGAUCUAGUUGCCCCGCUUCCACAUUUCCGUCUUUAAUUUUAUCGGCCUCUUUCUCUGACCCGCCUCAUUUUUACGUGCCUCUCGUCUUGUCUGUUCCCGGCUCCGAUCCUAUUUCUACUUAUGGAUUUUUGGAUUCUGGUGCUUCUUGUUCUCAUAUUUCUGAAUCUUUUGCCUUGGCUCACUCUCUCCCCACUUGCCGUUUGGAUAUUCCUCAGAUUGUUCAUACUGUAGAUAACCGCCCACUUCUUUCCGGGGCUCUUACGGACAAAUGCCUAGCCACGGUCUCUAUCGGAGACAUUCAUUUUGAACAACUCGCGCUGGGUGUAGUGUCUAUGAGCUACCCUGUUAUUCUUGGUUUUGAUUGGCUUCGCUCUCACAACCCUACCAUCAAUUGGGAGUCUGGUACUCUCACCCUUUCUUGCUGCCGUGUGGACGCACCCGGCCCGCUCGUCAUCCUCUCUGUAGACCCGUCGCUUUUCGUCACCCCCGCCAGUCCCACCCCCGAACCAGGCCACAGCCUAGGUCCCAGUCCUAUUUUUUCCACGCAUAUAGUCUCUGCGGAGACUCCGACGAUCAAACCAAGCCCGGUCGCGUUGCCCCCUUCCCCUUCCGUCGCCCCCUUGGGCCCCAGUCCGUCUCAUAGCGACUCUGCAACCCCUCCCCGUAGCCCCGAUAUUUGGCUAGUUGGCGCAGCCCAAUUUUCAAAGUACGCUUGCCGAUCAGGCAACUUCACUGGACGAAUUUCAUUUUCUCCUAUUCAUUCAAUCUCGUCAGCUUCACCCGCCGAUCCCGCCGCUUCUACCCCUGAAGAUUGCAAGCGCAAGAUUCGCUCUUCCCUCCCAGAACCUUACUGGGACUUUGCCUCGGUUUUCGACCCUGUCAAGGUCGAUACCCUCCCUCCCCGGCGGCCUUACAAUAUGAAAAUUGAUCUUGAAGACGGCAAGACUCCUCCUUUUGGCCCUAUUUAUUUGCUCACUCAAGACAAACGUGCCGCUCUUGCCGACUACAUUGACAAGAAUCUCGCUAAAGGUUUUAUUUGCCGUUCUACCUCUUCGGCCGCCUCCCCUAUCCUCUUCGUCAAACGCAAGUCCGGCAAACUUUGCCUCUGUGUCAACUACCAAGGUCUUAAUGCAAUUACUAAGCGUAACCGUUACCCGUUACCGCUCAUUUCUGACUUGCUCAAUCGGGUCAAUGGUUGCAAGAUAUUCUCGAAAAUCAACUUGAAAAAUGCUUUCAAUCUUAUUCGCAUAGCCGCUGGCGACGAGUGGAAAACCGCUUUUUGCACUAACCUCGGCCUCUUCGAGUACCUUGUUAUGCCAUUUGGGCUCACGAACGCUCCCGCUACUUUCCAGGCACUCAUUCAGGAUGUCUUACGCGACUUACUCGACAUUACUUGCGUUGUCUACCUUGACGACAUUCUUAUUUUCUCUUGCUCCAAGUCUGAACACAUUGACCACGUCCGGGCCGUUCUCAAACGCCUUCAAGCCCACGGACUGUUUGCAAACGCUAAGAAAUGCGAAUUUCAUCGCACCAAAGUUGAGUACCUUGGCUAUCUUAUUACUGUCAAUGGUAUCUCUAUGCACCCUUCAAAGCUUGAAUCUAUCUCUUCCUGGCCUGUCCCUCGCUCCGUCAAGGAUAUUCAGUCCUUCCUUGGUUUUACCAAUUUUUACCGUCGCUUUAUCGCCCAUUACGCCUUGAUCUGCAAGCCGUUGAACAAUCUUACCCACAAGGACGUUCCCCUUGGUCCUCAAGGAUCCCUCACGCUCACAGACAACGCUCUCCGUUCCUUCAAUGACCUCAAAGAGGCCUUCCAAUCCAGGCCGGUCCUUCGUCAUUUCAACCCGGUUCUUCCCUCAACCCUCUUGACCGACGCCUCGGAUUUUGCUAUUUUGGGUAUUCACUGCCAGCCCGACGGGUCCGGCGCCCUUCACCCGGUCGCUUUCUUUUUGCGCAAGCUCACCCCCGCCAAAAUCAAUUACAAGAUUUACGACAAAGAGAUGUUGGCCAUCGUCGAGUCUCUACGCCAUAUGCGCCCCUGGCUCCUUGGCACUUUGACUCCCGUUUCCAUUGUCACCGACCACCGAAACCUCGAGUACUUCAUGUCCACUCGAGUUCUCAACCGCCAACAGGCCCGCUGGUCCCUUUUCCUUGCCGACUUCAAUUUUAGCCUUUCUUAUGCUCCCGGAUCUUGCAAUCCCGCCGAUGCUCCCUCCCGCCGUCCCGACUACGUCCCAAAGGAGGGGGAUAGGACCCUCACGGGCCAGCAGCAGCUCUUGCUUGGUCCUCGACACUUUGCUCCGCUUGCCAACGCCUCUGCGCUGCAUGUAUGCGCGCUUUCCUCGUUCAUUUCAGCCCCUAUUCAUUCCCAGCUUGCUGCUACCUUCUCUGUUGGCGACCCCGAUUUUCUCUCUCGCCUCAAACAGGCAGUCGCUUCCGAUUCUCAAUGGCUUGAGGCCCUCAAAUCCAACGAUCCGGAUUUCCGCUCAGCCAACGGUACUGCUUUACACCGCAACAAGCUCUACGUUCCAGCCCCCCUUCGCGUCGAGGUCUUACGCUCCCGCCACGACGCUAUUCUUGCCGGCCACCCUGGUCGCGCUGGUACCUUCGAGCUCGUUUCUCGCAACUUCUCUUGGCCCGGCCUUUGUUGUUUUGUUCGCGCUUACGUUACCGGUUGCGACCUCUGCGCUCGCACCAAGGCCGAACAACAUCGCCCCUACGGCCUUCUUCAGCCUCUCAAGGUUCCCUCCCGCCCUUGGAAGUCUAUCUCUAUGGAUUUCAUUGUAAAGCUCCCCACCUCUCACGGCUGCGACACUAUUUGGGUCGUUGUCGAUUGCUUUUUGAAGAUGGCUCAUUUUAUUCCCACUGUUGAGACUAUCAAGGCCCCAGACUUGGCUCGACUUUUCCUUCAACACAUCUUCCAAGCUCACGGUCUCCCCGACACUAUCAUUUCCGACCGCGGCUCUAUCUUUGUUUCUCAAUUCUGGACUCGUCUUCACGAACUCAUCGGCGUCCGUCUCAAACAUUCGACUGCCUAUCAUCCUCGCACCAACGGUCAAACCGAGCGCAUCAACCAAAUCCUCAAAGCUUACUUGCGCUGCUACACGUCUUAUCAACAGGAUGACUGGGUCGAUUACUUGCCGCUUGCUGAGUUCGCCUACAACAACCGUACCUUGUCCAGCUCUCAACAAUCCCCCUUUUACGCCAACUACGGCUUCCACCCCACUUUCGAGCCUCGUAUCAACUCCGAUACGACCGUUCCCGCCGCCGAAGACCUCUCCGCUCGUCUUUCCCUCAUCCAUGACGAGCUUCGAGCCAAACUUACUCACUCACAGGCCGACGCCGCCCAGCAAUUCAACCGAUCCGUCAAGCCUGCCCCUAACUUCAUUAUUGGCGAUCGUGUCUGGCUCUUACGCUGCAACAUCAAGACUACUCGCCCAUCUGACAAGCUCAAUUACCGCAAGCUCGGCCCGUUCAAGAUUGUUGCCGCUCGCGGCCCCGUCUCUUUCCAGCUUGAACUUCCGCCUUCUCUCUCUUGUCUUCACCCCGUCUUCCACGUCUCGCUCUUAGAACCUUACCACUCCCCUUCGGACAUUCCUGGUCGUGUCGAACCCGCUCCCCCGCCUGUCUUCCUCGACGGCGACUCUACUCCUUGGCGCGAAGUCGACAAGAUCCUCGACUGUCGCAAAAUCGGCCGUCGCUACGACUACUUUGUGUCUUGGAAAGGGCUUACCCCCGACGAGAACUCUUGGGUCCCGCUCUUGGACAUGUCUACUGGACUUAACGAACUCAUUGAACGAUUUCAUUGCCGUACUACAAAUCGACGACUCCCACGGCCCCCACCACUUCUACUGUACCCUACGAAGCCGCGCGGACCUCCAUCCAACAAUUCUCCGCUCAAUCCUAGCACCCCAGACGACAACGCUGCCGCCCCUUUUGAGCCCGUCCGCUUACCCACUCCUCCUCCUGAGCGACACGUCGGUUACACCCCAGCCACCCAGACGACACUCCGCUCCGGUCGCGUCUCUCACCCUUGUCCUCGACCUGACACCUCUCCUCCGCCUACGAAACGAUCUUCCAAGCGUCUCACAGGUGCUCGACCAUAG